CGCCGCGCGCCCGCUGCCGCUGCCCAUUCUUGAUCUGGUCUCCAUGGCGGCCAAGCGAAAGCAGGAGGAGAAGCACCUGAAGCUGCUGCGGGACAUGACAACGCUGCAGCACAACAGGAAAUGUUUCGACUGCGACCAGAGAGGCCCGACCUACGUCAACAUGACCGUCGGCUCCUUCGUCUGCACCUCCUGCAGCGGCAUCCUACGAGGGUUGAAUCCUCCACAUAGAGUCAAGUCAAUCUCCAUGACCACAUUCACACAACAAGAAAUCGAGUUUCUUCAAAAACAUGGUAAUGAGGUCUGUAAACAGAUUUGGCUGGGAUUGUACGAUGAAAGAUCAUCUAUUUAUCCAGAUUUCAGAGAUCCUCAGAAAGUCAAAGAUUUCCUGCAGGAAAAAUACGAGAAGAAGAGAUGGUUUGUGCCAGCUGAACGGGCCUGGGCAGUGGCAGCAGCUCAUGCUUCUAUAUCCGGGUCAUCUGCUAGCAGUGCAAGUAGCACGCCUGAAGUAAAACCAGGAAAGUCACUUCUUUAUGAAACCACACAUUUGAACAAAGGAACACCAACCCAAUCCCCAGCAGUGAGUCGCUCUCAAGGAUCUCAACAAGAGAAGAAAGUGGCUCCAUUUGAUCUUCUUACUGAUCUGGGAGGGGAUAUUUUUGCAACUCCUCAGUCUGCACCCCCUUACUUUACAAAUUUCACACAUUUUAACAGUCACACAGCACCAACUCCUAUGAAUGUAGAUUUUGCAAACUUUGCGUUUGGAAGUUGUAAUACUUCUGAUAAUUUUGGAGGUUUCUCCUCAGCAAGUCUGCCACCUUUCCAGUCCAACAGUACAGCCUUCAGAACUCUAUCAUCAGGCAGCAGUUUUGGUGACUUUGCCUCUGCUUUUCCUCUCCCAGCCAGCCACAGUGGAUCCUCUGCAUCAACAAAUGCUAAUUUUGCAAAUUUUGAUAACUUCCCAAAAUCUUCUAGUGCUGACUUUGGAGCUUUCUGUUCCUCUGGGAAUGACACAGCUAUAAACAAAGCACAUGCUGUUACUCAGGAUAAAUAUGCAGCUCUUGCUGAUCUGGAUAAUGUUUUCAGCAAUAGUACCUCAACACAAGGUGGAAGUAGUCAACUGACUAGUUUCAGCUCAACAACAGUUGGAUCAUCUGUGAUUACUGCCAAUCAGUCAAGCUCCUCAGCAAACAAGUAUGCAGCACUAGCAGAGUUAGAUAAUGUCUUUAGCUCUCCGUCAACCACUAGUAAUGUAUCUAGCACAAGCAGUGUGUUUGGGACAGUACAAAGUGCUACAGCAGUACAGACCCAUCCUGGAGCCAGUGCUAUACCUGCAGCAUUUGGUGCAGCAACUAAUCCAUUUGUAGCAGCUCCUGUUUUGCCAGCACCUGCUGCUACAAACCCAUUCCAGACUAAUGGGAGAACUGCAGUAAGCUUUGGAACAGCAUCAAUGAGCAUGCCAACAUUGUUUGCCAGUCCAGCGGGAUAUACCCUUCCCACCAGCUUUAGUGGUGGCUUCCAGCAGCCUGUCUUAGCUGGCCCUGUGACCUUUCCACAGCAUUCAGCAUUUCCACAGCAGCCAGUUGGUGGAGGGUUUGGUUCAUUCGGGCAACCGAAACCGAUGGUCAUGCCAUAUGGUCAGCCAUUGGCAGCGUCAACAGUGUCGAGUAAUCCCUUUCUGGCCGGAGCUCCAAUGGGGCAGUUUCCAACAGGAAGCUCCUCAACCAACCCAUUCUUAUAGCCCACUCAGUUACUGUCAGGAGUGUGAUGUUGAUGCGUGACGUCUCCAGAUCUCUCGCACAGUUGUGUUGUUCACUGAUCUUAGCUUUAAUCAGAGGAGUCUCUAAAGCCUGUCUUUUGUAUAAUGGGGUGAUAUUUGCAGAAAGGAAGGACUUUCCAUCUGUCCUUUAUUUAACCAUUAUUUGGUAAGAAGGUACAAGAUGUAGCCAUAUCAUGUAUAUUGAAAUGGAUUAAUGUUUAAGUUAUUGCACUUCUUUCAUUGCUCUGCAGUACUGUACAUAUUUUUUCUUAGAAAUUAGC